UUUCAGUGAAGAAGACCAACGAAAGAUUUUAAUGCAAACCUUUUUAAUUUAUUACUCAACUCAACUCGACUCGACUCACCUCAACUCAGUCUCCCAUUUUCAAACUCUAUUCUUUCUCUCUCUCUCAUCUCAGUCUCCUAUUUGACCAACCUGUACCUGAACCCCACUCUCCCACCAUUAAAUUAAUUUCAUUUUUCUUUAUUAUAUGUGUCCUUCCUUCAUUCUUGGUUUCAGUUCUGAUCGUGGUUUUUGGACUUCGUACAUUUUGUUGUUUUGGCUUUUAUGAGUUCAGAUCUCUUUGUACAUUGCCUUUGUGUUGAAGAAAGGGGUAAAUUUUUGAGCUUGGUUUGCUUUGGAAAUGGAAAUGGAAAUGGAAAUGGGCUUUGUUUGCUAGAUUGAUUGGAAUUUGAAAGGUUGCCCAUUUGAAAAAAAAAAGCUGUUCUUUUAUGCUGGUUUCGUCUCUUUUGCUGAUUUUGGAAAGUGGGUUUUUACAACUGAGGAAAAAGAUUUGAGCUUGGAGUUUGGGAUACAUGGGUUUUUGCAGAUUUAAGGAUUUUUUACUAGAGUUUGACUGAAAUGACUUGAGUUGUUUUAGGUUUAUAAAAAGGAAAGCAUGGAAGUUGAGAAAAAGCGUUCAAAGGGGGGUUUUCUUAACUUGUUUGAUUGGAAUGGGAAAUCUCGUAAGAAGCUUUUUGCAAAUAACUUGGAAGAGUUACCUGUUGCACAAGGGUCAACACAAGAAAAAGAAGAUGAGGAGAAUUUCCCCAAAUCAGAUGCUUACAAGGUAGAUGUGGAUGAGAAUGACGCGAGUUCGAGUAAUAAAGGUAGUAAUGACUGGACUUCUGCUUCAUGGGCAACUAGUGAUGAUGGUGGUGGGAGUAAAGCUCCUAGUGUAGUUGCUAGACUUAUGGGGUUAGAUUCAUUGCCAAGCUCAAAUGUUGCUGAUCCCUCUUCUAGUUCUGCUCAACUUUCAGAGGUGUGCUUGCUUAAAGUUAAAUCAGCUCAUCAUGGCAAGGCUAAUUUAUGGAAUGAUUUUUAUUCCAUGGAGGGUGGAUAUGUGCCCAAGCAUGAUACAUUUUGUAGGAAUCCCGUAGAAUCUAGGCCGUUGAGGCAGCAUAACCGGCCUAUUGAGAGGUUUCAAACUGAAGUUCUACCUCCAAAAUCAGCUAAGUCAAUUCCGUUUACUCAUCAUAAGCUAUUGUCACCUAUAAAAAAUCCCGGGUUCAUUCCAACAAAAAAUGUGACUUACAUUAUGGAAGCAGCUGCGAAGAUGAUUGAGUCGAGUCCCAUGGCAUCUUCAAAGAGCAAAGUGACCAGCAUUGGGGCUUCUUCAGUUCCCUUGAGAAUUCGGGAUUUGAAAGAGAAGAUGGAAGCUGCAAAUAAAGCAUCUGAUUCUGAAAAUCGCAAGGAGUCUGGCUCUUUAAGGUUUAAUAAAGCACAGUAUAGGAAUAAAACCACAAAUGGUUCAGAAUAUGUGCUAGUAACUCGGGCUUCUGUGGAUUCUGAAAAACGGACUUUUAACAACUCCAGAGAUAAGGGAAGAUCAUUAUCACUUGCCCAACAAGCAAAGACCAAUGUCCAGAGAAGGGAGGGGUCAACUUCAUGUGACAAUAAGAACUCUAUGAAACAGAAGGAACACAAGGAAGUGAAGUCAAACCAGUUACACAAGUGCCAAUCUAGCUUGCAUCGAUCUGCACAGAAAAGAAAUUCUGCACAGAGCAGUAACAAUGCGCUCAGGCAGAACAACCAGAAACAGAACUCUGUAUCCAAUAAAGAUAAGCUGACCGAAAAAGGUUCAGCUUCCAAUCAUUCAGCCAGAAGAACUAGGUCCUCUACUAAUUCAAUUGAGUCAACAAAUAAGACUGUGAAUAAGGGUGCAGCAAACUCCAAAACUGGACCCCGAAAGAUGGGUUCUGCAACUGCUGCCCAGAGAGAUACAUCAUCAUCCACAGUUAAAAAACUCUCCCAGAAGAAAAGGUCUGUUUGUCAGGAUUCUAAUUUAGAAGAUUCUCUUGCAGAUAAUUUGCCAAUCAGUGAAGGGGAAAGGUCAAUAAAAUGCAAUGUCACUAUGGAUUCCUGUACCAAUAUGAGUGCAGAUAACAGAAAGCAAAGCAUGGAUGUAAUUUCAUUUACAUUUAACUCUCCCCUGAAGAAAUCCCCAGGUGAUUCCUGGUCAUCUGGUCAAGUCAUGAUGGAGAAGAGAUUUAACUCUAUUAAUGACAAAGAUCCUGAUCUCUACUCGAAAAGCUUCACAUUAUCUUCCCCUGGAUUGAAUGUGAUAGGAGCUGAUUCCUUGAGUGUACUUUUGGAACAGAAGCUUCAGGAACUAGCAUCUAAAGUUCAAUCAUAUCAAUCAAAUGGUGUCAGAGAGGAGAGUUCUGCUAGUUGUGCAUCUGGUUCUCAAGAUUUCAAUUUGCCAAGCAACACAUCAAGAGGAGGCAAGCAAUUUCAAAGGGAUAGCUCAUACAACUGUAAAUCUCCUUCAGUUGAUGGCCCAAUGAACAAUAUGAACCAGCAGUGGCAGGGAUCUAUAAGGAUGGAAGAGCCUAGUGUAAGCAGCAACAACCGUGCAAUUGGAAAACGAUUGGAUUAUCAAGAUCUUAGUCCGGAAUCAAGUUGCGAAUACUCAUUCGAAAGUGGAAGCUCUGCAGAUAACAGAAGUAAUGCCAAAGGAAACAAGGGAUGCUCGGUAGCUGAAGUUCAAACCCCGUCACAUGGCGAGAUAGAAUCAUCUGACUCGGUCUUUUUCAGUUCCACAAGGAAUGUCAGUGUAAAUCAAGUGAAUAGAAGAUUUGGUUUUAUAGACUAUGAUAAACCAAGCAACUGGGAACUGGAAUAUGUGAGAGACAUAGUCAGCAAUGCUGAAUUAGCACUAGAAGAUUUUGCAUUGGGCCAUGCUAACAAGGUUAUCUCCCCACCAACUCUAUUUGAUGAUCUCGAGAACGAGGAGAAUUUUACAGAAUGGAAUGAAGAGGAGUGUUGCUCAAAGCUCGGACGAAAGGUUUUGUUUGAUUGUGUGAAUGAAUCUCUGGAAUUGAGAAGUCUGCAAAUGUUAAUCGGAACAUGCUCUAGAAAAGGUAGGCUGGCUCCAAGGAAGGAAUGGUUAGCCGAGGAAAUCCACGAAGAAAUCUCGGUUUGGAAAGAUAUGGCGGAAUUGAUGGUGGAUGACCUUGUGGACAAGGACAUGAGCACAGGGAUUGGAAGAUGGCUUGAUUUUGACAAUGAAGCAUUUGAGGAAGGUGUAGAGAUUGAAAAGGGAGUGUUGAGUUGCUUGUUAGAUGAUUUGGUUUCUGAUUUAAUGGUCUUUUAAUCUACCCCUGUUGGUGUUCUUAAACUCAAACUCCAAUGGGGGCUUCAUGCAUCAAGUUGAAAGUCUCAACUGAUUGCUCUUGUAUUACUUUGCAUUGUUAUCCAAGUUUCAGUACAAUAUUUUCUCUUCUAAA